UCAUAUAUGAUAAGAUAUUUGCGCAACACGUAUAUAUUUAUAAUAUUCUACGCCGUGUCCGACAAAGUAUCCCGUUUAGUUGUUCAUCACGUUACAUCACGAUGGACUCGUCGUUACUUUCGUCGCCCGUCGCGCUACUAUUGAUUACUCUGAUCAUCAUUAGCGUUGUGAAAGUGGUCGCGGCACUGCGUUAUAUGCAUUUUUACUGGAAGAAUAAAGGUGUACCUUGUCUGCCAAAUUCGCUGUCGUCAAAUAUAACAGCUUGGAAAUUUCUUUUUGGCCGUAUCAGUUUUGCCGAAUAUUACCAAUAUAUAUAUAAUUACUUCCCAGACGCUAAAUGUGUUGGAAUGAUGGAAUUUGCUACGCCUGUUGUGUUACUGCGUGAUCCUGAGCUGAUCAGAGACAUCAUGGUAAAAGAUUUUGAACACUUCCCAGAUCAUCGCAGUUUUGUUGACGAAGACUUGGAACCGCUGUUCGGUAAGAACAUCGCCCUUCUGCGCGGUGAUCGUUGGAGGGAAAUGAGGAAUACAUUGAGUCCUUCUUUUACCGCCAGCAAAAUGAAGUUCAUGUUUGAUCUAAUAUCGAAAUGCUCUGAGGACUUUGUUAAUUAUUUGGCGGACCAUCCGGAAAUCUGUCAUGUAAUCGACACAAAAGAGGUGUUCAGACGGUACACCAACGACGUAAUCGCCACCGCGGCUUUUGGCAUAAGUGUAAAUUCUAUGAAAGAUCAAUAUAACGAAUUUUACACGAGAGGCGUGGAAGCUACCAAAUUUGCUAGUGGAUUUCUAUCAUUUAUCAAAUUAAUAUUUAUGCGUACGUGUCCAACGCUCGCCAAAUCGAUGGGUCUGACCGUGUUUUCGUCGGCUACGUCCAAGUUUUUUAAAACUAUCGUGGCGGAGACCAUUAGAGCGCGCGAAGAGCAAGGUAUCGUUCGACCGGAUAUGAUUCAUUUACUAAUGCAAGCUCGGGACAAGAAAGACCCCAAUAUACACAAUAUGACCUUGGAUGACAUCGUCUCGCAAGCUUUCGGCUUUUUCUUGGCCGGUUUUGACACGUCCUCGAUGCUAAUGUGCUUCGUCGUUCACGAACUAGCGGUUAAUCAAGAGAUUCAAGAUCGUCUGCGCGAAGAGGUGCAACAGCAUCUCGCCGAAAAGAACGGUGAUAUCUCCUACGACUCACUGAUGAAGAUGUCUUAUAUGGAUAUGGUGAUUUCCGAAACUCUUAGAAAGUACCCACCAGGAAUCGUCAACGACAGACUUUGCGUAAAGAGAUACGAACUGCCGCCAUUGCAACCAGAUAGCAAGAACGUGAUCGUCGAACCUAACAGUGUGUUAAUAUUUCCUGUUUACAGUUUACAUCAUGAUCCAAAAUACUUUCCAAAUCCCGACAAAUUCGAUCCCAAAAGAUUCAGUGAAGAGAACAAACACAAUAUUACACCGUACACUUAUCUACCAUUCGGCCACGGACCUAGAAAAUGUAUCGGCAACCGAUUUGCUCUCAUGGAAACAAAAAUUUUAAUAGCUCAUCUUUUGCAAAGGUUUACACUAAAAACUUCAGAAAAAACCAUCGAACCAAUUGUAUUCAGUAAAAAGGAGUUUACAUUGCAACCUCUUGAUGGAUUCUGGAUUAGCUUCGAGAAAAGAGAAAUGUAAAAGUCUUCCACGAUAUAGAGAUACUUCAAUAUGUAUAUAUAUUUUAAUAAAUGCUUGAAAUGUGCAAUAA